UUGACUAUCUUGGUUUAUCUUUAACUGAUUUGUAUACUCCGCUUGUUGAUGUGGCUGGCUGAUCCCUUGAAACUCAUUUACCGCCACUUAACUAACCUCAAGCAAGAGUCCCUUCUUAUCCUUAUGAAGGGACGGGCAAGAAGAACUUGAGUGUAGUUUUUUGUUUACUAGUUUUCCGUUUCCAUUUUCUUGUUUUGUAGCGAGUCUGGCCUGUUUGGACUUUGGACAUCAACACCAUCAACACCAUGCGCCGUCCCUCAUUGCUGCCAUGUUGGCUACCACUCCUUUCACAGCUCACCCCGGGUUUGGCAUUCCCAGUGGCUGGUCAGGAGGUCGUCUCGAUACACGCCAAUGUUGAAGGUCGCAGAGGAGCUGUGGCUAGUGAAAGCUCGAUAUGCUCCAAGAUCGGAAAGGAUAUCAUCGCUCUGGGCGGGUCUGCCGCCGACGCCAUGGUGUCCACCACCUUGUGUGUAGGCGUCAUCGGCAUGUACCAUUCCGGCAUCGGAGGCGGCGGCUUCAUGCUCGUACGCGACAAGCAUGGGAGGUACGAGACCAUCGACUACAGGGAGACCGCCCCGGCAGCCGCGAGCCAAGACAUGUAUGAGCAUGACCAGGAUGCUAGCGUCUAUGGUGGCCUGGCCGUUGCUGUCCCGAGUGAGCUGAAGGGGUUGGAUUACCUACAUCGGCGAUACGGCGUGCUCCCUUGGAAAACACUCGUCAUGCCGGCCGUGCGUGUAGCUCGAGAGGGCUUCAAGGUCACCGAGGACCUGGUCCGCUACAUGGCGAGUGCCAGCGCGGACAAUAACACCUUCUUGGUUGACGACCCGAUCUGGGCUGAAGAUUUUGCCCCGAAUGGCACUCUUCUCCAGCUCGGAGACACCAUCACAAGGAAGCGUUACGCCGACUCCUUGGAGAAAAUUGCCAAUAAAGGGAUCGAUGUCUUUUACAAAGGGGAGAUCGCCGAAUCCAUGAUCAACUUCAUCCAGAAGAUGGAUGGGAUCAUGACCAUGGAAGAUCUCGACCAGUAUACCGUCAACGUGAAGCCGCCUCUCAACAUCACGUACGGUGACUUCAGGCUCUUUGCUACCGAGGCCCCGAGCAGCGGCGCCGUCAUGUUCAGCAUCUUCAAAACAAUGCAGGAAUACGGUCGUGAAGAUCUCACCAACAUCAACCUGACCACUCACCGUUUCGUCGAGGCCAUGAAGUUCGCCUACGGAGCACGUCUGGAAUUCGGCGACCCGGCGUUUGUCAAGAACGCCACGGAACUCGAGACUUUUCUGCUGAGCGACGACACGGCCCGCGACAUCCGCCAGCGCAUCUUGGAUGACAGAACCCAGCCGGUGGAAGCCUACGACCCGCUGUCCCUCUACGUCCCCGACAGCCACGGCACCUCGCACGUCGUCGCGGCCGACUCGUCCGGCCUGACCGUCUCAUCGACAACCACCAUCAACCUCCUGUUCGGCGCCCAAAUCAUGACCCCCGACACCGGCAUCAUCCUCAACAACGAAAUGGACGACUUCUCCCAGCCCAACCGGCCCAAUUCCUUCGGCUUCGCCCCCUCCCCAUCCAACUUCAUCGCGCCCGGCAAGCGCCCGCUCUCCUCCAUCACCCCGCUGAUCGCCGAGCACGCGGGCAACGGCAGCAUGUACCUAGCCACGGGCGCAGCGGGCGGUUCGCGCAUCAUCAGCGCGACGGCGCAGGUGGCGUGGCACGUGCUGGCGCGCGGGCUGGGGCUGCGGGACGCGGUGGCGGCGCCGCGGCUGCAUCACCAGCUGCUGCCGCAUGUGUUGAAGGUGGAGGAGGGGUUUGAUGCCGGGGUGGCGGGGGGUUUGAGGGGGAAGGGGCAUGAGGUCGAGUGGAUUGCGCCCGGGUUGAGCGCGGUGCAGGGGGUGGUAAGGUUGGGGGAUGGGCGGUUUGAGGCGGUGGGCGAGACGAGGCAGGUUAAUAGUGGGGGGUAUGUGGUGUGAGACAGACGGUACCUAGGGGGGGAUGGAGGUGGUUGUUGUUGUUGUUGUGGAUUUGGUGAGGGGAGUUCAGUUGAGCAUUUACGUGUAGCGUUGUAAUAGAAAGGCGUAAUAGAAAGGCGUUAUCACCUUGAGGUGGUGGAGUGUGGGAAAGUGAAAUCUUGAUCAUUUAUUGACCUCAAGCUGAACCAGAUACCCUUCGCAUCAUCCGCUCACACACCACCAACCCGAAGUCAUCAUCGUUGAAUAAGACAAACCAUACAAUCCUGUUUAUCACAACACGCAACCGCCAAAACGCCCCCUCAUGUCUACUCACUUGCUAGUAUCCACCACAUACCGGCCCACGAUCUUGCCCUCCCGCAUCAGCUGGUACACAUCCUGCAGCUCGCUCAGGCCGGCCGUCUUAAAGGGCACCUUCACCAGCCCGCGGCGGAAGAAGUCCAGCGCCUCCUGCGUAUCCUGUCUAUUACCAACAUAGCUGCCC